AUGAAGCGUGAUAAUAACGAUUUUAGACUUUAUAAUCCGAACCAAAAAGAUGAGAUUUGGAAAAAAGAAAUCAAUAAAAAAAGAAAUGGAAAGGAUUUGCCAGAUUACGAUGCCAAGGAUGUGUAUGGCCCUGAAAUAACUAACGAGGAUUCAGCCCUUUUAGAUCAACAUGACAGCUUUUACAUGAAUACAAAGAGUUUGUUAGUACUGUUCCAGAUUAUGGGAGUGAUGCCUAUUAUGAGAGUGCCUAAAGACGCUAAAACAACGAAACGUACUACAUACAACUGGAUAUCGAAGGCAACUUUAUGGGCGUAUUUAGUGUGGAGUCUAGAAUGUAUUAUAGUUGUUAAAGUUGGCAAAGAGAGACUAACUAACUUUCAAGAAAAUUCAAAUAAACGCUUCGACGAAGUUAUCUAUAACAUAAUAUUUCUUAGUAUUCUCAUUCCGCACUUUCUUUUACCGAUUGCAUCAUGGCGUCACGGGCCCCAAGUAGCUAUUUUCAAAAACAUGUGGACGCAUUAUCAGCUUAAGUACUUGAAAAUCACCGGCACUCCGAUAGUUUUUCCAAACCUUUAUUCAUUAACUUGGGGCCUAUGUGUAUUUUCGUGGGCUCUAAGUGUUGCUGUUAUUCUUUCGCAACAUUACCUACAAGAUGACUUCGAAUUGUGGCACUCGUUUGCUUACUAUCAUAUAAUUGCUAUGCUUGACGGAUUCUGUUCACUAUGGUACAUCAACUGCAAUGCUUUUGGAACCGCCUCAAAGGGCUUGGCAUCAAAUUUACAUAAAGCCCUUCAAGCAGAAAAUCCAGCUUUGAGGUUAGCUCAGUAUCGACAUUUAUGGGUUGAUCUAUCUCAUAUGAUGCAACAACUAGGUAGGGCCUAUUCGAAUAUGUACGGUAUUUACUGCAUGGUUAUUUUCUUCACAACGAUUGUUUCCCUCUACGGCUCUCUUUCCGAAAUCUUAGAGCACGGACUUAGUUAUAAGGAAAUGGGAUUAUUUGUUAUAGUUGGGUAUUGCAUGACCCUUCUUUUCAUCAUAUGUAAUGAAGCGUACCACGCUUCAAGAAAGGUUGGAUUUGAAUUUCAAGUUCGUUUAUUGAACGUUAAUUUGGGUGCGAUCGAUCGAAGUACACAACGCGAAGUGGAAAUGUUUUUGGUAGCUAUAGCUAAAAACCCGCCCAUAAUGAAUCUAGAUGGUUUUACGAACAUUAAUCGCGAACUCUUCGCAGCUAACAUAUCCUAUAUGUCAACAUACUUGAUAGUAUUGAUGCAGUUCAAGUUAACGUUACUAAGACAAGGUACGAGGAAGGUAAUAAAGAAAAUCGUCGGAACUAUUCUCAACGCAACGACUACCUUAGCUGACGAGACUGAAAGUGACUAA